AUGGCCGCCGGACGGGUCUUCGCGCGCGCCCGCGCGCGCACAGGCUCGCUCUGCUCUUCAGUUGUCCUCCUCCUCCUCCUCCUCGCCCUUCUCCUCCUCCUCCUCCUCCUCCUCCUGCCCCCCUCUGUUUCCUUCUCGUCCUCCUCCUCCUCCUCCUCCUCCUCCUCCUCCUCCUCCUCCUCUGGUAGUGCACUUCUGCAGGCACGCGCCGGCGCGCGAGCCUGUUGGCGCGGCUGUCCCUCGGCGCGCGGCUCCGCCGUUUGGGGGGUGAGCCUGUCGCUGCCGCCUGUUGGGCGCCGAUGCGACCGCGCCUCCGCCGCCCUACCGGCUCUGAUGCGGAAGAGGAGAUAA